AUGGCAAGCCCUCGAGACAGUUCGGACUGUGGCGAUGGCACUCGUUCGGUGUCUCCUGGCUGCACUGCGAUGCAGCUGAAUGUCGCAGGUCAGCUGGAACUUCUAAAGACAGCAGCUCCACGGUUGUCACCGCAGCCCCUUCUCCUCUGUUUUCCUCUCUCUGCCUGCGGCAGAGUUCCUCGGCUUUCCCUCUCUUCUCCGUCCUCCUGUCCUACGUCCGUCGGCUCUUUCGACGACGUCAUAGCUCUCGAAAGCAAAGCCGCCGCUGCUCAGGUGAAGAAACAGUCGCGCCUUUCCACCUCGCUCCCUCACGCACUCUUCGAAGCUCUGCGGGGGAGAACGUGCGGACCCUAUCCAGUCAGUUUCGACGUCUUUGUGGCCCACCUAGCGGCUAAGGCCCAGGCCGCACUCCAGCGGGGCUCGUGCGACGUCUGCAGCCGAGGCGAUGACGGGGCGGACGAGGGAGUUGAAGCGUCGAGGGACCGAAGGAAGGGAGGGGAAACGGUAAAAAAGAGUGGAAGCGUUGACGGUGCCGGAGGAGAAAAUAUCGCGAUCUGCGUUGUUCCACAACUUGACCCUGCACGUGGGCGCGUCAUCUUGACACCUCCCCAGCGAGUCUGCGGGGCGUGCUUCCGGAUACUCCAUCUUCCCCACCUUCUCGCCGUGUCUGUCGCCUCGGUCGUUUCUGCUGCGCCCCUCACUCGUUCGGUUUUUUCGGAUGUCCUGGAGCACUUCGCAACAGUGAACGGAUACACUUCUCUCUCGGUCGCCGGCGCUCGCCUGCAGCAAGCAAUUUCUCUUGCGUUCAGUGUUUCCCUCCUCAAAAAGCAAAUUAACUGGCGUUUGGAGAGACUGUCUUCUCCUUCCCUCGAUGCUUUCUUCUCGUGUUUCGGCUCACGUGCCUCGCCCUCAUCUCGCAGCCGGGGCACACUAACCCGGAACUCUCAGACUGAGGAUUUGCCGCCGAACGGCGUUCCUACAUCCAGGUGUUCACAAGGGAAGCAGCAGAAGAUCUCCGCUCAGAGUACAGUGUCAGGGAAGCGGCGAAGACGGGAACCUACAUAUACUGACAAGCGGAGUGACGCUGGCGACACGAGUCAAGAACAAGCAAAAGAUCUGGAUCGUGAGACAAGCAAGCGAAGACAAAAGGUGAAGAAGGGUGCAGGUUCUUGUGAAGCAGUUCCUAAUAAUGAGCAAGCACGGAAGCAAGUGCUCAACAACUCCCAACGGCCAAACAAAGCUAAAAAGAGGAAGCAAACGGCUUAG